AUGUCAGCUAUCGUAACUAAAAUCGUUGAAAAAUACAAUCUUAACCCCAAGAUGAGUGUGUCUGAUCUCAGUAAAUACACCUCAGAAUUUCUUGAAAACCUUACUGAUGAUAGAAAGCGGAAUCAAGCUCGACGACGCCUUCGAGACGGUUUUAGAUUUAGCGGUGAUCAGAGAGGUAGUAAGGCCAAGAUUAUAAAUAUUAUCGAGGGCAGUUGCAAAAUAGCUAUAGCUUCGCCCCCCAAAGAUUUGGAAGAGGGAAUUAUCAGAGAGAUAACAAAACGAAUGUUGCAAAAUAGAUAUGGAUUUAGUGAGGAUCGAGUGAAUGCCUUAUUCUCUACCCAGGAAAAUGAAAGAAUGGAGGAAGAAACAAUUGGAGAGAUGGCACAUCGGCUUUUACGGGAUAAGCUUAGUAUUCGGGAUAUAAGAGCUGAAGCUUAUGCCUUAGCCCUAUCAGCAAAAAAUGCUAAUGCCGGUUCGUCACGUCUUUCAAGGCUUCGGAAAGAAUUAAGAAAUAUUGGUGCUUCAUCCCAGAUCAUUGAGGCCACGAAAUUUCCAGAUAUUACAGAAGAUGCUAACAAAAUCCAGAGGAAUAAUCGGAAAAAGGCUGAAACCAAACGUAUUAAUUAUCCAGAUCAUUUUACAUUAGAAUCGGUCAAAGAGAGAUUGGAUAGUUAUGAUACAUCUACUGUACCUGAUGUACAAGCUCUUGCAGAUGUUAUGAUAAUGCUUUGUAUCCGUCCCGCUGAACUCACAUCUUUACGUAUUACAGAUGCUG